AUGCGACGCGAUCCAAGAAUCGACCAGCCAGCAGCAGGUGCGCCGCGGCCUCAGGUGGUGCGCGAUGCGUUUGUAACCAGCGCGCCGUUGCGCCUGGCCGCCUCUCUGCUGGCAACGGGCGCAGCCAGCGCAUCAGGCGGAGCUGGAAGCGCCCCCCGCCCAGUGGGGUUCGGGGGAUACGUGGGCAGUGCGCGGGUGCAGACAACAGCUGCGGGGGGGGCUGCGGGGGGAAGGGAGAGCGCGGAAGGCGCAGCCGGAGAGCGGGAGGGCCAGGGGGGAGAAGCGGAGGCUGCUGCAGGCAGCGGGCCAAAGGAGCUGGUGAUUGGGGCGGUGAGUGCUGGGGGGGGAGGGAGAAGAGCAGGGAGAAGAGGGGGCUUGCAGCGCUGCGUGCACAGCCUGCAUGCACCACAACCCACCGACGUGGGCGGCGAGGCAGCGGCGCAUCUGAGGCGGCUGGCGAAGAAAGACGCCACCACCAAGCUGAAGGCGCUGGAGGCGCUUCAGGGGGUGCUGGGCGGCAGCAGCGCCGCCCAGAUGCAAGCCAUGCUGCCUGCGUGGGCGUUUGAGUACCGGCGGCUGGUGCAUGAUGGCAGCAGGGCCGUGCGCCUCGCCACACACGCCACCAUGACCCUGCUCGUCAAGGGCGUGGGCAAGGGCCUGGCGCCACACCUGAAGCAGUUGAUGGGGCCGUGGUGGGUGGCGCAGUUCGACUCCUCCCGUGACGUCGCUGCUGCCGCCUCUCUCUCCUUCCAGACAGCCUUCCCCACGCCCACACGCCGCGUGGAGGCCCUGGCAUUCUCGUGGGAGGCGGUGGUGCCCGCCCUGGCAGAGCUGCUGGCAGCCACUCCCCAGUCUCUGGCUGCUGCUGACCGUAGCCUGAGCGUUGAGGAGGCCAAACACCGCCUGGACGAGCUGCUGUGCGCAGCCCUGCUGGCGCUGAGGGCUUUCCUGCAGACCCUGCUGCCACCACCACCACACAGAGGGGCUGCUGCUGGCGGUGCAGCCGCAGGGGGGGCAGCAGCAGCAGCAGCGGCAGGGGCGCCAGCAGCGCUGCCCCCGUCUGUGGUGGCAGCCCAGCCGCGCAUGGCGGCAUCCCUGCUCUCCUCCCUGCGCGCCCUCUCCUUCCUCCGCGCCCUCGCCAAACACCCCUCCCCCCGCGUGCGCUCCGCGGCCUACCACGCGCUGCCAGCUGUCCUGCUCUCAUUGGGCCCGCAGGGGCAGGAGGGGGAGGGAGCGAGCAGCGAGGGAGGAGAGAACCGAGGAGAAGGGGGAGCGGGAGGGGGAGGCGGAGAGAGGACACGAGGGGGUGAAGUGGAGGUGAUGGGGGAGGCAGAGGUGGUAGAGAAGGUGGGUCCGGUGGUGGCAGCAGCCAUGGGGGAGAAGGUAUCAGCAUGCCAUGGCGCCAUGUGGGAGCUCGUGCUAGUGGCCUCGCGCACCUGCCCCUCCCUCUGGGCCAACCCUUCCUUUCUUAAAUCCGCUCUGCCGAAGCUCUGGGGUUUUUUACGAGCCGGGUGUUUAGGCUCGGCAGAGCAGUCGUACCCGUGCCUGCUGCUGCUGCUUUCGGUGUUCUUCCGAGCCAGGCUGCACCAAUCACAGGGCGUGCUGGUGCCGUUUUUCUCGAGCCUUUGGCAGGGACGGCUUGUCCACAUGGCGCGGCCUGAUUGGCUGGCGCUGCUGACGUGUGUGAGGGAGUGCUUGGUGCUGAGUGUGGUGCAGCUGAGGCGAGAGGAGGGGAAGGUAGUGGGGGAGGAGGAGGUUGGGAGAGGGGAGCAGAAGGAGGGUGGGAGAGAAGGAAAGGUAAUAUCCGCUGCGGAAUUAGUGAAAGUGGUGUUGUGGGAUUUAUGCUUCCUAGACCUCCUUCCCGAACCCAGGAACACAGGUUCGGACCUUGGCUCGGAUUCUCAUGGUGCAGGAAAGACAGAGGGCACUGGUGGAAAGGCCGAAGGGGGGAGGGGCGGGGCGGCAGCGGGUGAGAGGAAGGGCGGGAGUGCAUGGCUGGGAGCGGUGGUGGCGUGUGUGGGAGAGACGGUGAGGCAGGUAAUGCAGGUGGAGAGGGGGAAGGGAUGGACGGGGGGCGGAGGGGAGGAGACACAAGAGGUGGGAAGGGGUGAGGCACAGCGAGGGUCUGUUAUGGAUGGCUUCUGGUCGUGCGUGGUGGAUGCGGUGCUGUCUGCUGUUGAUGCCCCCACUGCUGCUGCUGUGCCUUCUCCUGCUGAUGCUGCCAAGGAGAGCACGGGGGAGAGUGAAGUGGCGCUGCUGAGGCGAGCACUGGCAGGGAGCGCUGCUGCUGAUGGCGGCCGUGGCACAGGCACGGGCAAUAGCGAGAGCAGCACAGUGCAAGCAGUGCUGAAGCUGCUGCAGCAGCUGAAGCCCACAGCAGCAGCAGCAGCCGCAAUAACAGAGCCUGCAGGCGUGGCAUCGGCAGCAGCGGGCAGUGUGAGGGACAGUGGAAAGCACAGCAAGUGGGUGGUGCCUGCAGUGGUGUCACCUCUCAUGCACCGACUGCUGCCCCUCGCGCUGCCCCUUCCCCUCCUGUCCUCGCCCCCUUCAUCCUCCCCUGCCCGCAUGGAAGCCGCAGCAGCGAUGGCAGCAGCGCUGGUCGACAUGUUUGGAGCACCGGCCAUCCCGUGCCAGCUGGCAGCGCAUGAUCCAACGGGCAGCGCAGCCGCCUUGGAAAGUGGUGACAGCGGUGUUGGGCACACAACCUCCCUGCAAUUGCUCGACUUGCUGCUGGCACACACAGAGGUUGGGGCAGGGGAGGGAGUGAGUGGCAGGGUGGAUGGGAGGGCGCACAGGGCUGUGUUUGUGCUGCACGUAAAGCUCCUCUCGUACCUCGCCCUGCUCUCACUUCCACACAGCAGCAGCAGCAUCAAUAACAGCAGCAGCAGCGCGAGCAGCACGAGUGGAAGAGAGUCAGGAGCAGCGGAGGGCGACAGGUGCGUGUCACUCAUCGUGCAGCGCCUGUGCACUGCCGCGCUCCACCUGGCUGAGCAGAGGGAGGCAGGGGCGGCAGAGGCAGGUGGGGGUCAUGGUGGCGGCACACCCUCCCUCAACAUGCCUGCUUGCCUCCUCGCCGCUCUCCUCUCCUCACUCUCCAUCCCCUCAUCUCCCCUCACUGCCACGGCCAGCACCGCUCUUGACCGCUUGGCCAUGCAUGUGGCUGCAUCCACACCGCUGCUGCUCCUCCCCUCCUCCCAAUGGCUCCUCCAAACGCUCCUCUCUCCGCCUCCUGCUGCUCCCACGCGCCUCUCUCUCCCCUCCUCGCGUUCCUGGAUCUCGCCCUCCUGCCUUGCCUCGGUUUACGCUUCUCUGCACUCGCACCUGCUCUCCUCCCUCCUCGUGCUCUCCACCUCCCCCUCCCUCCACACUCUCAGUCUCAUGCUACAGCCACUGCUGCUGCUGGUGAGGCGAGAGGGAAGUGUGAGGGGAGAAGGGGUGGAAGUAGGAGCAUUGGAAAAGCCAGACUCAGAAGGAGGAGGUGAGGGGGAUGCCACGUCAGCACAGGCUGAGCUGGCAGCAUGCCUGGACGUCCUGGAGCCCCUGUGGCUCGCCUCCCAUGUGUCUGCCAGCAGCGCAGGCUCUGGUGAGCUGUCGCGUGGUGAUUUGCUGGCGGUGGUUGCUGCUUGCUCGUCUUACCUUGUAAGCUGGUGCCUGGGGGAAGGGGAGACAGACAAGGGAGAACAGGCAGGGAGUGAGGAGGAGAGUGAAGAUGAGGAGGAGGAAACGAAGGAGAAGGGGGAGGAGGAGGAGGAGGGAGAGGAGGGGUUGGAGUUGGAGGAAGAGGAGGAGGGGGGAGGAGGAGGGGCAUCAGGGGAGGGGUACAUGGAAAAGGUCCUGGGAGGGGGUGGAGCAGCAGUGGCGGUAGGAGCAGCAGGAGCAGCAUGGGGUGCAGCAGGGGUUGAAACGGGUGUGGGGGCAGGUGGGACAGGCGCUGGAGAAGGGAGUGAGACUGCACGGCUCGCAUCCACAGGUGCUGACAUGGCAGGGCCUGUGGUGGUAACCGUGUUACCAGCUCUGCUUGCUGCAGCUAACCAAUGGGUCUCGCUCCUCUCACACCCUCCCUCCACCAGUCACACCACCAUUCACUCUACCCAUGCUUCAUCAGCCACUCUCACUGCCCCUACUCCAGUAGUUAUCCUCACUGCACGCUUGCUCACUCACUCUCUUGCUACCACUGCUAUGUCACCUCUCUCCCACUGCCGCCCACACAUCUGUGCGCGCUGGGCGGCGGAUCUUGUCCGUUUCUUCCAGCUGCACGGCGGGAAGGAGGCGGCGGAGAGGCGUGUGAUUGGGUGGCUUCUGGCCGACCUCGAGUUGAUGGGUGGAGGGGAACAGAAGUGGACUCGAUUUGUGGGUCGUGUCACGGACUCUUGUGUCACGGCUGGUUCCCCGGGCGGCGGGCGGGCGGCACUGGCGGUUGAGAUGAUGUGCGCGUGGCAGGAGGAACACUCCCUGCGCCGCCACCAUCACUCCACCAUCACGCCACGUGGCGGCCUCUCAUUGGGCGGUGUCGAAAGUGAUUCCCUCGGGAUUGGGCCGGCGGUGGUGGUGGAGCUGAUGGUGCGGGCGGCACGGCAGGUGGGGGUGGAGGGGGAGGUGAGGGAGGGAGGGGAGAUGAACGAGGGGGAGGCAGCAGAGGGAGCAGGAGUGGGAGGAGGGGUAGUGGGCAGAGCGGAGGGAAGGCUUGUGAGCGAGGUGGUGAGUGUGUUGGUGCAAGUGGCGUCCCAGGGAAUCGACCCAGCUCGUGCCAGUCCUGCCACCGCCACUGCCACCGCCACUCCCACACAUGCAUCGUUUGCCUUGAAGGCACUGUGCGGGCUUCUCAGAAGGUUCCUUGCAGCAGGGGCGUGGGGUCCAAGGCAGGCGUGGCAGGUGGUGCGGCAGCAGCUGGCAGCAGUGAAGGUAGAGAGGGAGGGCGGGGGAGGGGGCAUCUCUUCCCAUGGGGAUGGUGGGAUGGGGGGAGGGCGAGGGAGAGCGUGGGUAGUGGCAGAGGUGGUGGGUAUACUGAUGCCUGUGGUGCGCUGGGGCGAUCAGGCAGGGGGGCGCGGCGAGACAGCAGAGGGAGGUGCAGCAGCGGAUGGGGAAGGAGGGCGGAAAGGGGCGUUGGAGCAGCAGGUGGAGGAGGAGGUGGUGUGGUGGGUGCAGCGAGCCAAUGAGGCGCUGCCACUUGUUGCAUGUGUGGAGCAGCAGAGUGCGGAGGCAAGAGACUCGCUCGCCCUGCACGCCCUCGCCUUGGCGCUCUUCCCCAUGCCACCAUCAUCCAGCUCCUCCUCCUCCCCUAACGUGGCCCAAUCUCCCGCCACCGCCACCACCCCCACCAGCAGCCCCGCCCAGUGCGCCGCCCUGCUCGCACUGCUGCGCCUGCAGACCUCCCGCCACGCAACUGCUGCCAUCGCUGCCGCUGCCGCUGCCGCCCGCCUGGCUGCUGCCGCGCCUGCUGGUGAUGCAGGCAGUGUGGAGCCCGGGGAGACGAGCAGUGCAGUGAGUGGUGGUACGAUGCGUCAUGGUGGGGGUGUGAGUGCGGACGUGGGGGAAGGGGAUGAGCUGGACGAUCUAGACGAGCUCGAUGAAUUGGAUGAGGCUGGGGGCGGUGAUGACGUGGCAGUGGACGAGCUUGAUGAGCUGGACGAGGAGGAGGAGGAACAGGGCGGUGGGGGGGAUGGAAGGACGGCGCAGCGCGGUGUCACUGUUGCAAGUGUUGGUAAGGAGGCGCUGCACCAGCAGAAGCAGCAGCAGCAGCAGCAGCAGGCCGGGGGGGAGGCGGCACAGGAGGGCGGGCAGGAGAGCCGGGAGGAGUGGACGGCGAGGGUGGAUCGCUGCCUCCUCACCCUCGCCAGCUCAGCAGUGGCGUACAGCUGGCAGGAGAUGGCCGAAGCUGACAUGGCGUUUGUGGGGGGCAGGCUGCGGCGGGCGCUUGCAGCAGCAGCCAUGGCGUUUGAGGAGCUGGUGGAGGGCAUGGGGGAGGGGGUGGGGGAGGAAGGGAGUGGGCAGAAGAGAGUAGCAGGGAAGGGACAAUCAAAGGAGGGGCAAGCAGGUGAUGAUGAGCAAGGGAGGACGAGUGGCAUGGCAGGGCGGCUGGAGGCCAUGCCGUUGCACGUGGCAGGUGCUGCCCUCUCACUGCUCUCCAUGCUGCUCACCCUCCACUCCCACGCCUCUGCUGGCCCCGCGGCCACCACCACCAGCAGCAUCUUCUCGCUGUGGGCGUCAGCCGCUGCAUGGGCGUCCCCGUCCGCGCUGUGGGCAUCGGAGGCGAGUGCAGCGGUGGUACGGCAGGGGUCAGAGCACGCCUUGCGCAUCUUCAUUGCCACCGGGCUCGCAGAGACGGCCCUUCCUCACAGCAGUGCUGCCAGCAAUGCCGCCACCAGUGCUGCCAGCAGUGCUCAGAGCAGCCAGCCCAUGACAGCCUGGCGGCUGCAGCAUCCACUCUUCUUCCGCCAGCUGUCGCGCGCAGUGCUUGCCGCCCCGCCCCGGGCGGUGGAAGCAGCAGUGCGGGCGGCGGAGAUCUGGGGGGCUGGGCGGGGGCCAAUUGCAGGGCUGUACGCACUCAUGUGUGGCCCGUCGCCAGGUGGCAGCGUGCGAUUGGCUGCAUUCUGGUAUCUGUCCAGAGAGCAGGUAUUGCCUGCUGCUGUGGGUUCAGGGGUGGUGAAGGGCGGAGGGGAAGGGGAGACACAUGGAGAGCCAGUUGGUGAUGGCGUCAGACCUGAGCUGGCACACAUUCUGAAGCCAGCCAAUCGGAAGGAGCUGCUGACGUCAUCUCUGACGUCACCGCAGCGGGUGCGGUACUACCUGGCAGCAUGCCUUGUGCUGCACCGCAUCCAAUCCCUCCCGGCCUCACCCCCAUCCCCGCCUCUCUCCACCGCAACCGCCUCUGCUGCAUCGCCAUCCUCCCCUCGCGACCGCCUCGUCUCUUUCAUCCAAGCCACUCCCACUCUCACUCUCCUCCUCGACCUCGUUGCUCAAAACCUCCUCCUCGCCCCCUCCCCCUCACACUCCUCCGCCGCUGCCCGUCGCCUCAUCCAUCUCAACCCCUCAGGACCCCUUCCCCCCGCUGUUGCUCAAGCUGGGGAUUCUGCCAUACGGGCAGUUGCCCAGGCCUCACCUCUGGACGUGGCACUGGAAGUUUUAACCCUGCCCGGGGCAGGCAAAUUAUCGGUGCCACGCAUGCGCAGCCUGGCAGCAGCGGUGUUUGGGGCGGCGCUGCGGGUGGUGCCAGGGGGGGUGAGGCGGUGGUAUGCGGAUGUGAGGGAGAAGGGAGUGCGGCGGGGGAUGGACAUCUUUACUGCCCGAUACUGCAGCGCCCACAUGAUCGCCCUCGAACUCGCCCAAGUAUGCAUUUCCCCCCUCGCCUCUCCCAUUACCCCGAAUUGCUCUUUUCUUCCCUUCCUGAGUCUGUGCACCCACAAUUCGCUCCUCUGCUGCUGCUGCUGCUGCUUGCUGCCUUUCUCCCACCAGGCGCAGAAGGUGGGUGGCAGCAAGGAGGACCUGACGGUGCGCACGAGGCGGUCGGCACGCGAGGUGUGGGCGGCGUACUGCAAGGACGAGGCCAAGCUAGAGCUCGUCAUCAAACUGCCCGACAGCUACCCGCUGCGAGGGGCAGCUGUCGAAAGUUCCAAAGGGGCAGGUGUGAAAGAGGCCGAGAUGCGUAAGUGGCUGCUGGCGGCUAACUCGUUCCUGCUGCUGGGAGGGGGGUCGGUGGCAGAUGCAGUGGUGCAGUGGUGCGAGUGUGCAGAGAAGAAGUUUGAAGGGGUGGAGGAUUGCCCCAUCUGCUACAGUGUCAUCCACUCAUCUAAUGGCAGCCUGCCACGUCUGCAGUGCCGCACGUGCAAGCACAAGUUCCAUCCUGAGUGCCUGUACCAGUGGUUCCAAUCCUCCCACAAGUCCACCUGCCCGCUCUGCCAGACAUCCUUUUAG